CAUUUUGAAAGUGUGCUGAAGCGAUGCUAAUUGUUUGUGUUUGUGUGUUGAUAUCAGAGACCGACGUCUCUCAGCACUUUGAUGCCAGUUCCCCGCACCUGCCCUGGGACCAUCCCUUCUAUGACAUCGCCCGGCAUCAAAUCAUCGAAGUCGCCGGCGACGACAACUUUGGCAGAAAAGUGAUCGUCUUUAACGCCUGCAGGAUGCCGCCCCAGCACCAACUGGACCAUCACAAGCUGUUGAUGUACCUGAAAGGAACAUUGGACCAGUACGUCGAAAGCGACUACACCCUGAUCUACUUCCACCACGGGCUGACCAGCGAGAACAAGCCGUCGCUCAGCUGGCUGCGGGACGCUUACAGGGAAUUUGACAGGAAGUAUAAGAAGAAUAUCAAAGCCUUGUAUAUUGUCCAUCCCACUAUGUUCAUCAAGACCCUGCUGAUCCUCUUCAAACCCAUCAUCAGUUUCAAAUUUGGAAGGAAACUCAACUACGUGAGCUAUCUGAGUGAGCUGGAGGACGUGGUCAAGUGCGAGCAGCUCGUCAUUCCAGCCCGUGUCAAAGAAUACGACAACAAGCUGAGAGCCUCCCUGAAGCCGACCUCCCUGCCUCCCGUGUCCCCUCCUCGCAGUCCUCCUCUGCCCAACCAGGUCUUUGGGGUGCCCCUUGAAUUGUUGAGGAAGAGAAGUCCAGAUGGAGAUCCUGUUCCUGUGGUCAUGAGAAACACUAUAAGCUUCCUGUCAGAGCAAGGUCUGGAGAUCGAGGGAAUCUUCCGACGUUCCGCCAAUGUGACUUUGGUGAAGGAGAUUCAACUCCGAUAUAACUCAGGCGAAGCGGUGAACUUCCGAGAGAUGGAAGACGUCCAUUUGGCGGCCGUGAUCUUGAAGAAGUUCCUGAGGGAGCUGCCCGAGCCGCUGCUGACCUACCAGCUCUACAACGACAUUGUCAAUUUUGCCUCUGUGCCCAGCGACAGUCAGGUGACUGUCAUGAAGACGUUGGUGGAGUCGCUGCCGGAGGAGAACUACGCCGCGCUCAGAUACCUAAUCACGUUUCUGGCACAGGUAACGGCCAACAGUGACGUGAAUAAGAUGACUAACAGCAACCUGGCUGUUGUGUUUGGGCCCAACCUGCUCUGGGGGCGGGACAACGCCAUGUCACUCAGCGCCAUCGGACCAAUUAACAACUUCACCCAAUGCCUGUUGGACCAGCAGCAUUUGGUCUUCGCCUAAAGGUGGUCGCCUGUUGUCUGAUGUUGCCUCUAGAGGCUGAGUGAGCCAUCGAAUAGCACUUGGACCGACGCAGCCUUGUUCUAAAAUGCACGUUUAAAAAAAAAAACAUCCCCAGGAUGACUUUUAAUUGUGUCUUUUGUCACCUGGGAUUCUAAUUGGGCCCCGCAGCAGCGUGGCGAGUGCGCAACAUCAAGUUGAAACGUGUAUCCUGAGACCUUCGCGAGAGAACAACCGUGCAAAUGCAAACUUUUAACACCUUCGCAACAAAAUAGAUUUCCUUGGAAAACAAAAAACAAAAAAAGGCAUUCCAGCUACCAACCGCAUGCGUACAAUUAUUGUCAAGUGGAAUUGAAAUCAGAAAAUGUGUUUACUAUUCAACGUGUUGCUGUCGUUGAUCGCCGCUGUUUCUGUCAUGAGAAAAGAAAAAAAAAAGCCCCUUGAAGAAGUCAGCGGUUUGUGUGAUAUCCCUCAGGUUCAUUUGAAGUAAUGGUACCAAAUGUUGUGGACAAUCUUGCUGUAUUAAAAAAAAAAAAAAGCUAAAGAAGAUUCGCUGUUGUAUUAACCCCCCAAACGUCUGUUGUGCUUUCGGCCGUCAUGCACGUGCUUGCUCUCCCUCUCUCCGAACCGUGUGAUUUAAUCGGGUCCUGUGGUUGACGUGCGUGGGUUCCGUUAGUGACUGCGCUGGACUUUUCUUUUGCUGAGUGUGUGCCAUGAAUCAAGUGAGUCCAUUUAUGACGCUGUCUUUGCUCCUCAGGGAUCAAAAAAAAAGCCUGGG